GACGCUCAAUGUAGCUUCUAUCUCUCAUAAACGUGAAACCUUGUUUACUUCUUGACCUUCUGGUUGACUGAAUUAUUCUCGUCCGAGUGUACGGAUUGCGGAACAAAAGGUGGAAUGCUCUCCCAUCAUACGGGCAACCCUGUAGGUGCGGCACUUUUAUAGGUUUUGUUAUAGGCGAGGGGCUUUGCCUUGCACUCCUCCUUUUCAGCGGCUUGCUUGGGGCCUGUGAGGCCCGAACUCUAGCACCAUGACGGAGGUUGUGAAGCGGGGCUUUCCUGGCAUGAAGAGUGUCAAGGACCUGCCUAUUGUUCAAGAUGCGCCGCCGCCUGGAGGCUUUCCUUCCAUUCGUAUUGAGCGUCGUCUUCCUAGCACGGGCCCGACGGGUAUUGCCAUUUUUGCUGGCCUUGCCGCAAUCAUGGGCUAUGGCUUCUACCAGCUGAACGAGCAGCGCCAGGCUAAGAGGUUUGAGGCUGACGAGGUGCACGCUGUGCGCUCAAUUGUUCACCCGGUCCUCCAAGCCGAGUGGGACCUCAGGUAUCUGGAGCACAUGCGCAAGGAGCGCGAGGAGGAGGCCAAGGUCAUGAAGGACGUUCCGGGCUGGAAGGUGGGCGAGUCCACCAGCCGCCACAGGUGGCUGCCGCCCCUGGAGUCCUUUGACAAGCGCCCGCUCGUGUAAAGCGAGCGAAAGCAUGCAGGUCGGCCGCGAUGCAGCAGCAGCAGCCUUACAGGAGAGGGAGGGCAGCGACAAGCGCUGCUGGGUCAGGUGCAAUCUGGGUCACAGCAAGCAGGUGUGCUGGCGGCCGCAAGCACUCUUGCAGGCUUCUGGCGUAAGAAACCUGCUGCUUGGUCUUACCGCUGUCUGGUCUUUAGCAUGGGAGCUGAUAUUCGGACUUCUUGUGCUGGGAGCUCUGGCAGGGGCGCGUGCUGUUGGGCUGUGGACGGCUGUGUGGCUGUUCCAUAGCUGUCCAGCAUUGUAAGGCAGAGGCGGUGCCCCUUCUCAAGAGGAGGCUUCGUCAUGGGGCAGCUGCAGCGGCUGGCAGCAGCAUCGGCGCAUUGUGUAGCGGGGCAUGCGCCUUGGAUGGGCUGCAGAGGCUGGUCUAGUGCUCUGCUAGCCUGUCUGGACGGGAGGCAGCUGUAGCCGGGUCGACAUGGGACGUUUGAGUCGCGCAGGAGCGGCUUCAGGGAGGCAAGGGCGUGCAGCUUCAUGGGGUUAUGCAGCUGGCCUCUGGAGUGGGUGCAUGGCUGUGAGGGGACUCCCAGUGCUGCUGUUGGACUUCAGUGCUAGGAGAUGGCAGGGGGCCCGGGGCAGUGUGUGAUUCGGGCCUCAGGUAUCCCCGUGUGCUGCGCCGGGAUGCGAUUAGCGUGUGUUUAGGGCGUGCAUGGUAGUUGCGUACGGUGCACCUGUUGCCCUCUUAGCUGACCGACGUCUUCAUUACUGCCUGGCUUCUAGCUGGUCGGCAUGCAGCUUAUUCUGGUAUUAACAUAGGUGUGGCACGCUUGUCAAGUCUUUCAGUAGAUGCGUUGUAUCGGGUGACUAGGUACCGGAUUGCUUACUGGGCCAUCGUUUGCCACUGGGUACGGAGGAAGGUCCAAUACGACACUGUAAGCGCUCGUGCUCUCCUGA